ACAUACGUUACUGUACAGACAUGGGCUCGGUUGUGAAUAUUAUAAAAGCAUGGUGACGGUGAGUGCAGUGGAAUGGGCUGUCCUUUAUAUCUCCCCGGGGGUCUCUGGCAUCAAGCACAGCUUCAGCAUACCAUCUCUCCCGACCUACUCCCUGACUCGGACGCACCGCCAUCACUACUAGCUCAUUGUCCUCAUUGUCCAAUAUGAAGGCCGCCUCAGUCCUCUCUCUCGCCGUGUUCGCGGCCGGUGCAUAUGGGACGCCUUCGAGUGAUCUGUUCGAGCAGUGGGAAAAGCCCGGGGCCUCGGACGUCCGUGGCCCAUGCCCCUUCCUGAACACGUUCGCCAACCACGGUUUCCUGCCUCGGUCGGGCAAGUACAUCACGGAGAAGGACUUGACCAACGCCCUGUCCAAUGCUGUCAACAUCGAGGCGAGCGCCGCACAGUUCCUGUUCGACUUUGCCGUGGGCACGAACCCGGAGCCCAAUGCCACCUGGUUCUCGCUGGACCACCUCACUCGCCACAACGUGCUGGAGCAUGAUGCCAGUCUGUCUCGCGUCGACAACUACUUCGGACACGCCGACGUCUUCAACGACAAGGCCUUCGCCGAGACACGCUCGUACUGGGGGGACGUGGUUGAUGUCCAAACCGGUACUGCUGCUAUCGUAGGGCGCAUCAAGACCUGCAACGCGACCAACCCGCAGUUCUCCCUGUCCGAGCUCGGUUUCGACUUCAUCCUCGGCGAGACAGUCGCGUUCAUCUCCAUCCUGGGCGACGCCGAGAAGUUCACGGUCGACACACGCCGUGUGGAAUAUCUCUUCAGUGAGUACUACCUUAAUUGCCCUGCUCCCUCCCCCCUCCUCGGUGAUAAUACUACAAACCUGUCAAUGGGGGGAUGGAUGACUUACAUUUUUUUCCCUCUCUCCCUCUCUCCCUCAUCAGAGAACGAACGCCUCCCGACCGAGCUGGGCUGGAAGAGACCGGACGCGCCGUUCGGCGAGACCAAAUUGUUCGAGGGCAUCCAACUCCUCCGCGCCGAGUACCUGAAGAGGACGGGCACGAACUCCACCAUCGUGCCGCCUCCGGCCAAGCGCAGUCUGAGAUACCUGGGCCGGGUCAGCCGGGGCGGCGCGCGCGUGUUCUAGGCUGGUCGUACGCGGUAGUGGCCCUCCCCAAAAAGGAAGGGGGAGGGGGAGGGGAGUGGGUUGUGGUAAGACGACGGUACUGUAUCGAUUGGCUAUGAGAGGAAAGAGUUGACGCUCAUGUCAUACGAAUACAACACUACUACCUAUUUACCCAUUGCGCUCUCUCAUACCUAUUCUGGUGGAUGUGCAGGCCUUAAACAGGAAGCCCCUCCCUCUUCUGCACUGAUUCUCGAGUAAGCGGUCAGCCUCAUUUAUUGGUCGUACAAACAAUGACCACUACAUAUCACUAUCUUAGUAACCCCAAGAUCCGGUGGUCAGCCUCACAGAUGUGAGUUCGACUCGUCACUCAAGCCACGUGUCGAAUGACCAAUACCCGGACGUGGCGUACUGUUGUUUGCAUGCGCCCUCCCGUCUCACUGGCGGUACCACAAUUGAUACGACAAUCAAUGAUUUGAGCACAUUCACU